GGGAUAGCAAAAUAUGUGUUAUCAGACGAUUGUUUCUAAGUUGCAGAAAAUAGUGUGAAAAAAACAACGUGAAAAGAUCCACACGAGAGGCUCGCUUAAUAGAAGAUGCCUGGUUGCAGAUGGAUAAUAAUAUUAUCUAUACUCACAAAACGUGGUGUUCGAAGAGAAUGGAACGAAGGAUCCUAUGACAUUUGAACAACAGCAAGGCAUAACGGAACAGUAGGACGUUGCUACCAAUGGGUGUCAACGUGGGUGACUGCAACAGACCCCGCCUGUCGAUAUGAAGCCGUCCACACUUCUGGAAUUUUUGGGCGGUUGAGCACGGAGGCAACCACCUCUUCUCCAGAUUUGAAGAAAUGGAAGAUCGCAACGUCGAAUAUGCUGCCUUGAAGUUGCACCUCAGGUCAGAUGUUCCUGUGUUCCUGCACCAACGUGUUUUAUUUAUUCCAGUCGCCUCUGCAGUAAUGAACCGCAUAGGGCUUGGAAUUCAAUGUAAUAUUGUCUGUAAUAAUGUAAUAUUCAGAGACAAUGAUACACCCAAUUAUGUUUUAAUUUAUCAC